ACAGCAGCAAAUCAACAUGGCUACAGGCAAGAGUAUUGGUGCAAUAAUUCUUCUCCUUGUUUGCGGUUCAAUCCUACUGGGUAUGAAUCCAACUGAGGCCAAAGUCUGCCCUCAAGUUUGCUACGAGGCAGCUUAUAUGACUUGCCCGUCUUCAGGCCUUACUCAUCUCUCACCAUCCUGCAACUGUUGCUUUGCUCCGGCAGUCGGCUGCUCCAUUUACAACUCCGAUGGAACUAAGAUCUGUACUGCUACUUGA